GUUGGUCGUAUAUAUUAUGUAUAUAGUAUAUCGUAUGCCAUCGUCGUCUCUUAGGAAAUAGUUCAUGUUUUCUUUUUUUCUUUCUCAUUCGUUAUCGAGAAAGAGGGACGAAUAAUCCGUUCGACGGUGGGAUUCUUUCAUUUCGGUUAGAUUCGGUCAAUUCGUUGUGUCGUGUGCGAGGAUAGACAUUUCUUUUGGGAGGAGGAGGAGGAGGAGGAGGAGAUUGCUACUGUUACUGUUACUUGCUGUUGCUAUUGCUGUUGCUACUUUGGUUAUAUUUCGAGCGGAGAAACGCGAAGAGGAAUAUUCAUUCGUGCGUGCUCGGAAUUCGUUUCCUUUGGCCGGCCCGCAGGCGGUUGGCCUACGUGUGAGAGAGUUUCUGACGAUAUCGAGGAUAAAAAAGAGAUAAGAAAGGAAAAGAAAAAAGAAAACGAAGAGAGAAAGAAAGAAAGAAAGAAGACAAGAGAAGGGUUGUCCAGGAUUAUAAGUUUUUUUUUUUUUAGUGUUCUAUAGAGAUGCAUUUACAUUUUUCAUACGGAACUACAAUCGUCCUGGCGAUGAUGUUGUUCUGUCGUAUCACUCACGCUCAGGACGAAAUCAUCCUUCAAAGUCUAACUACUAUGGAGACUUGUAACGUCACCUCGGAUGGGCGAGGAUUUAUAUGUCGUGGACCAAAUUUUGUAUCAGCUUUAAAGAGCCGGUCUUUCGAAAGCAUCGUUCUACGAUCACCGGCUAAUAUUACUAAACUUGACUUGACGAACAACAACAUAACACGUGUCUCAGCGAAUGUUUUUCAUCUACUGUCUAAUCUCGAAUUUUUAUCGUUACGACGUAAUCGUCUAUAUACAAUCCACGAAGAUGCAUUUGACAAUUUAACGAAUCUUCGAGUAUUGGAGCUCGAUGAUAAUUAUUUAACAGAAAUUCCUAUCGCCCUUAUGAAACUCGAUGCUCUCGAAGAUUUAUCCAUUUCCAACAACAAGGUACAAAUACUCGACGGUUAUAUAUUUCAAAGUAUGGAUAAUUUAAUAUCACUCGAUUUACGUGGAAAUCCGAUUAAACAAAUAAACGAUAAUACAUUUCAAAAUCUUCAUAAACUUCGUAAGUUGAUAUUGUCAGACGUAAAAGAAAUGAGAAUUUUUCCUAAUCUCAACGGAACGAGUUCUUUAGAGGUUUUGAAAUUAGAUCGGGCAAGGCUUAAAGCGAUUCCACCUGAUCUUUGCAUUCAAUGUCCAAAAUUGAAAAGUUUCGAUGUGAAAUCGAAUUAUUUGACAAAAAUCCCAAAUUUAAGAAAUUGCCAUGACCUUCGCGUCUUAGAUUUGGCAAACAAUGCGAUCUCCUCGUUAUCCAAUGCACCAUUUAAAACAUUGAACAUGUUACAUGAUCUUCUAUUAGCGAAUAAUAAUUUAAAAACAAUUUCGAGAGAUGCAUUUUCUGGAUUAUCGAAACUUCAAGUUUUGGAUUUGGAAAGUAAUUACAUAGAUUACAUUGAUCCAGGUGCGUUUACAGAGACAGAACAUUUGGAGGAUUUAAAUCUUGGAAACAAUGUAUUCCCAACUUUACCAGUUAACGGACUCUCAGGAUUGUUACAUCUGAAAACUUUUAACAAUCCAGCUUUAAGACAAUUCCCAUCACCGGAUAAAUUUCCACGAGUACAAACAAUGGUACUUUCCUACGCUUAUCAUUGCUGUUCGUUUCUAUCGAUCGAGAUAGAAGACACCGUAACACAGUCACCAUUACGCGAAUCUAUUUUAUUUCCUACGGAUAACGAAUUCGACAUGACUUUAUGGAACACCAGUUUUGGGGAUGUUUGGCCUCAUCUAAAUAAUUUGAGCGAUAAAUUUGGAUCGCAACUAAACGAACUUUGGGAUAACUUUGGUCCAGAUUUUACAUAUUCCGGCAACGUACCUCCCUACAGCGAGGACUACAUUGAGGAACAAAUUGGACAGAAUGCAGCAUCGGGACAACAAACAGUGCCUUCUCAUGUACAAUGUUUACCACAACCUGGUCCUUUUUUGCCGUGUCAAGAUUUGUUCGAUUGGUGGACGUUACGAUGCGGAGUUUGGAUAGUUUUUCUACUUGCCAUGCUUGGAAAUGGAACUGUUGUAUUCGUAUUGAUAUUUUCUCGAAGUAAAAUGGAUGUACCUCGAUUUUUAGUAUGCAACUUAGCUGCAGCUGAUUUUUUUAUGGGUGUUUAUCUAGGUUUAUUGGCGGUGCUUGAUGCGUCUACAUUAGGAGAAUUCAAAAUGUAUGCAAUACCUUGGCAAAUGUCGGCAGGAUGUCAAUUAGCAGGAUUUCUUGGUGUCCUAAGUUCCGAAUUGAGCGUCUAUACUUUAGCUGUGAUCACAUUAGAAAGGAAUUAUGCAAUAACCCAUGCAAUGCAUCUUAAUAAAAGACUUUCAUUAAAGCAUGCCGUUUAUAUCAUGACGAUCGGUUGGGGAUUUGCCACAUCUAUGGCUAGUCUACCGCUCUUUGGUAUUUCCGAUUACAGGAAGUUUGCAAUAUGUUUACCAUUUGAGACUAGUGGCACUGCAGCCUUAGUGUACGUAGUCUUUCUAAUGCUCAUCAAUGGAGUAGCAUUUUUAAUUUUAAUGGGCUGUUAUCUGAAAAUGUACUGUGCGAUACGCGGCUCGCAAGCAUGGAAUUCAAACGAUUCUCGUAUCGCUAAACGUAUGGCACUACUUGUGUUCACGGACUUUUUGUGUUGGUCACCAAUAGCAUUUUUCUCGCUUACUGCAGCUUUCGGGCUACAAUUAGUGUCCUUAGAGCAAGCUAAGGUAUUCGCUGUUUUCGUCUUACCACUGAAUUCCUGUUGCAAUCCAUUUCUAUAUGCUAUUUUAACGAAACAAUUCAAAAAGGAUUGCAUUUUAAUAUGCAAAGCAAUAGAAGAGUCCCGCGUUACAAGAGGAAUCGGCAGAUGUCGGCAUAGUUCGAAUUUCAGUAAUCGCCAAACCCCAGCUAAUACGAAUAGUCUGGUGGACAGAUCUUCUAAGGAACAUCAAGCACCAUGCGUCUGCACUUCGAAACUAUUGGAAACGAGCCAGUGCCCCAGUUAUCGAUGGUGGGGAACUAGAUUUCUCUGGCCUUGCGCGGCUGAUCAAAGACAACGUUAUACACGUAACGAUCACUACGCUUACCAAAUCGCUGAAAUACAACAGAAACAGCAUAAACGUGCUUCAUCGGUUUCCUCUAGCGAGAACUUCUCUUCAUCUCGUUCGGACUCCUGGAGACAAACUCAUCAUUGUGGUAUACCGUUGAGAUUAUUGGAUCCCAAACGAAGAACAUCAUCUUGGUUGGUAACUAGGAAACCAUCUCAAGAUUCCAACCUUAGUUCAUCCCGUAAUGACUCCUCGGGUUCAGCAGCUACCGCCAGCACCAGUACGUGGCGUAUGUCAAGAUCAACAGCCUCCUUAGAGAUCAGUGCACGCAACACUCCAAGACCUAUCAGGCCUAAGCCAAGAUUGACGCGACAACUUGCGAUUCAAGAACCCGAACCACCAGCUUCACCGUCUAGAUUAGCAGUACGUUUGUUGGCUACUAUACCUUCGGCUGCUGAAAUGAGCGAACAGCAAGACGAAGAAAGUACUGUACCUAAAUAGAUAACAUAAUUAUUAUUAAAUAAGGAACGAUGCGAGACACGUUUCAGUAUUAAGAAUAAAUAACGAGAUACCUGCCAUGUUUUUUAUCCGAAUUCACAAAAUAGCGUUUAGCAUAUAAUAUGCGUUUUCGAUUUUUUAUAGGAGUCGACGUUAUCGCUUAGAUUAUUUACAAAUAUUUAGGGAUAAGAUCAAGAUUUCAUAUUAUGCUUGCAUAUAUGAAGAGAGAGAGAGAGAGAGAGAGAGAGAGAAAGGAA